AUGGUAUAUGCCAAAAGGCAGCCAGAUGGCAUGUGCCUAUCAUCUCAAAAUGGCACAACUGUUCCCAAGAAGCACGGAGUCGAGGGGAAAGGAGAGACUGGCUUCAUGCCUUCAAAGCAGGUUCAGUGCCCUGACCAAGAGAGCACCAUCCCAUGUGAUAUAGAAGGAUCCUCAGUGUGCCUGGGGUCUACAGCCAUCCCCAGCAUGAAGGAAAGCUGCAUUUACCUGCUGGCCUGCCUGGUGUGCAUUCUCCAAAUGGGAUACCUUGUGAGGACGGAAGGAGAUACCACUGGGAGCCUGAUCAACACUGAGGCACACAGCGCGCCGUCGCAGCGCUGGUCCAUGCAGCUGCCGGCCGAGGUGCGCGCGGUGGCGGGCGAGGCGGCCGUGCUGCCCUGCACCUUCACGCACCCGCACGGCCGCUACGACGGGCCCCUGACGGCCAUCUGGCGCACGGGCGAGCCCUUCGCCGGCCCGCAGGUGUUCCGCUGCGCCGUGGCGCGGGGCGCCGAGCUCUGCCGGACGGCGCUCAGCCUGCACGGCCGCUUCCACCUGCUGGGCCGCCCGCGCCGCAACGACCUGUCGCUGCGCGUCGAGCGCCUCGGCCCGGACGACGACGGCCGCUACUUCUGCCGCGUCGAGCUCGCGGGCGACGUCCACGACCGCUUCGAGAGCCGCCAGGGGCUGUGGCUCCGCGUCACUGCAGCCGCCCCGCGGAUCGUCAACGUCUCGGUGCUGCCCGGGCCCGAACACGCUUUCCGCGCGCUCUGCACCGCCGAGGGGGAGCCGCCGCCCGCGCUCGUCUGGUCGGGCCCGAAGCUCGGCAACAGCAGCAGCAGCAGCGGCAGCGGCCCCACCGCCGCCCCGCAGGCCCCGCGCGCCGGGCACAGCCGCCAGGUGACGGCCGAGCUGCCCGCGCUGGGCCGGGACGGGCGCUACACCUGCACGGCCUCCAACAGCCUGGGCCGCGUCGAGGCCAGCGUCUACCUGUUCCGCUUCCACGGCCCCCCGGGGCCCCCGCUCGCCUCGCUGCUGCUCGGGGGCGCCCUGGGCCUCAAGGCGCUGCUCCUGCUGGGCCUCCUGGCCGCCCGCGCCGCCCGCGGCCGCCCAGAGCACCAAGCCCCCCAGGACUCCCUCCCACGGCCUCAGGCCCAGGAGUCCAGCUAUGAGAAUUUGAGCCACAUGAGUUCCCAGAGGCCCCAGGCAGCUGUGUGCUCACCAUGA